AAAUAGUUGAAAUUGGAAGGAUCCGACCACGCCCGCUCUAAUGAAACCGCCGCUCGAUCACUUCGCCGUUCAUUUCUCCCAUCGAUCGGACAGGUCUUCCGGUUGACUGACGACGACGCCAACCGCCGGCGCCGCAAUGGACGUCCUCUCGGGUUCCAUAGACGUCCGUGAGCUUCUUCCCGGAGACGCCCUCGACGAGUCCUCACCCCUAUCUGUUCCCGACCUCCGCCUCCUCAUCGAUCGCCUUCAGAUUCGCUCCCUCAGCAUCAAGGACAAGGUCCGAUCCUACGUCCUCGCCCACCGUGACGACUUCUACGACCUCUUCUCCCGCUGCUCCAGUGCUUCUUCCUCGGUCGAAGGCCUCUCCAGCUCCCUCUCCGACGCCCUCGGCCUCCUGUCUGACCGCCCCCUCGACCUCGAGAUCGAGGCCCUCGUUUCGGAGAUCCGUGACAAGAGACGGGAACUGGUGGAGCGGCGCGAGGCGCUGGAGGUAGUCCGGACCCUUUCUGCGAUCCACAGCCAGCUUACGUUGGCCAGGGAAGAUCUGAAGGGUGGCAGAUUAGUGGCGGCGGCAGAAGCUAUCAGGAACCUGAGGAAAGGGAUGAUAUUUGGGAGCGAGAAGGACGAGGGCGGUGGAUUUGACGAACCGGCGGUGUAUGGGUUCUUGAGGAAGGAUUGGUCUGAAUGCUUCGAUGAGCUUCAAGAUGUUCUCGCAAAGAACGCCCUCAGUUGUGUCCAGUAUGAGCCAGAGAGCAGCAAACUAAUAGUUAGAUCUCUAUCUCAAAUAGGAGAUACACAGAAUGUUGAGCUACGUAUGGUGUUGGAGGCCAUGGGGAUUGUCAAAGUCCUUGAGUAUGGAUUAGGAAAAGUAGCAGAUUUGGUGAUGAAACAUGUGAUAGUGCCUUCCAUAACUAACAACGCUUUAACAAUUCUUGUGGAAGAGCAUGAUAAUGGAUCUCUUGAAGGUUGUCAGGCAAUUCUUUACAUAGAUUCAUCAUCUGAAUUGAAGGAAGAUAAAGAUGGCAGCUUCCUUUAUUCAAGACUUCGUCAGAUUGUAAAUUUUGUAUACAGAUUCAUCUGCUUUCAGAAUGCAGACUGGAUGCAAUGUUUUGGAAAAUUAACCUGGCCAAGAAUGUCUGAUCUAAUUAUAAUUCACUUUCUCUCCAAGGCUGUACCUGAUGCUGCUUCAAAGGUUAUUGGGUUCCAAAACAUUGUCAAAUGCAGUGCUGAAUUUGAGACCUUUCUAAAGGAAAUGAAAUUGAUUCAAUCAACUGAUAGUAAUGAAGAAAAGUUAAGUCAUUAUGCUCAUAAUGUUGAAGUUCAUUUUGCUUCUCGGAAGAGGAAUGAGAUUUUGGCAAGGUCUAGAAGUCUCCUGCUGCAGUUCAACUAUGAUCUCCUUGCUGUUUCCGAUGUUGGACCAAAUUCUUCUGCGUAUAUCACUGAUUUGCUUUUCCAAUCUGACAAGUGUAUCGUUUCUAAAGCAGUCUUGGACUUAAUGGAACUUGUGCAUGGAGCACUCAAGGAUGCUUGUUUAUCUCCUGCAAGAGUGGCAAAGGAGUUUUAUCAUGCUGCAAGGGAUGCUUUACUUUUAUACAAAGCUGUUAUACCUAUUAAGCUAGGGAAGCAAUUGGACAGUAUAAGUCAAGUGGCUAUUGUUAUCUACAAUGAGUGCCAGUAUUUGUCCGAAGAGGUUCUUGGGCUUGCUUAUGAGUAUCGUACAGAUUUUCCAAGUGCACUACAGAAACAGGCACUGUUUCUUGAUAUCGCACUAAAUUUUCAUCAAAUAGCAGAAAACAUCCUGCAAAAACAAGUUCACUUAGUUUCUGUUAGUUUGAGGGAGGCUAUAGAUGGUGCUGAUGGUUUUCAGAACACUCACCAACCUCAGCAUUAUGAAUCGGCAAAAUUCAGUAUAGAGCAGAUUGUUUUCAUUGUCGAGAAAGCACGAAUUAUGUGGGAGCGAUUGUUGCCAGCUUCAACUUACAAGAGAACCAUGUGCACAAUAUUGGAUUCUGUCUUUUCUGAAAUUGCCAGGGACUUGCUUCUUUUAGAUGAUUUGGCAGCUGAGGAGACCUUACAGCUUCAAAGACUGAUCCAAAUCACAAUUGAGAACCUUUCCUCUUUGUUGGAGUCACUUAUCAUUGAUUCAGUUGAAAAACAAAAUUUUUUGAAUGAGGCUACAUGGACUCAUUUAGAUGAGAAGAUUCCAUCUUUACCUAAAUUCCGCAAGCUUGCAGACUUGUAUGAUAUGCCUCUAAAAUCAAUUACUUUGGUUUGGGAAAGUGGAGAGCUUCUUAGUUGUGGUUUUACAUCAUGUGAGAUCGAAAAUUUUGUCAAAGCAAUAUUUGCAGAUUCUCCCUUAAGAAAGGAGUGCUUGCAGAGAAUAAGAAAUGCAAGUGAUUAGCUGAUGCAUCAUUUUCACUAACUCUUUGUUUAAAGGAAAUCUUAGCUCAGCCAUAGUAGCCAUGUGGUGGCUCCAAUGGAGUUCAGAUUUGUGAAGUUUCUGGAUCCUUGUGCCAAGGUUUCCAUGGACAUGUUGCUGAUCUGUAGCCUCUUUGCAUCCUAACAUCCUGGCAAACUGGAUCGACUCGACGACAUGAUUUUUCACUUGUCCAGAAUGCUUAUUUUCGUUUCCUGAGAACGCGCAUUUGCAUGAUCAAUUUUGUUAUCAUUAGGUUUCACUCUGUUCUUCAUGUCUAUGAUUGUCUUGAAGCAUGUAUCGAACUUAUUAAUAUUCUUUCAGGUACUUUUGUUUAACUUGUCGAAUCAUGUGACUAAAUGACUGAUGAUGCCCCUAUGAGAGAUUAAAUUGUGAAUGAUUGUCCAUGAUCUGAUAAUUACAUUCAUGAGGUUUUACA